GGGGAGCGGGGCGGGCAGCACGGUCCAGCCGCGCAGGCCGGGCCCGCAGCCGGCGGCAGGUGCUCCCAGCGCGCCUGCGGGCUCCUGCCGCGAAGUUUGCGGGCGGGAGGAGGAGGAGGAGGAGGAGGGAGCCGCGGCGGGACUGCAGCAGCCGCGCUGGAGAUGCCGCUGAGGAGCCUCCUGCCAGUGGCGGGGCUGCGGCAGCGCCGCUGAACCCGCGCUGGCCGCCGGGGCCCCUCGUCCUCCGGGGACGGAAGGGACCGAGCCGGCCACUCCGCGCCACUGAGAGGGUUCGCCUCUUCCCAGGGUCCGGCUCCGGCUCCUCGGGGGUUCUGCCCUUCGCUGCCGCCGGGGCUGCGGUCGUGCAGCCCUGCCCCGCUCCCGGCCCCGCCGCUGCCGCCCGCCCCCCCGCGCCGGCCGGGCGGGUCGGUGCCCGCUGCCCCCGCAGCCCCCACGGCUGCAUGCCCGCCGCGGUCUCGGCACGUCUGGAUUCGGUGGAGUCCUGGGCCUUCCAUGCGCUGCUGGUGCUGCCCUAUAUGUUUUACGUGGGCUUGUUCUUUGUCAACGUGCUGAUCCUGUACUAUGCCUUCCUGAUGGAGUACAUCGUCCUCAAUGUAGGCAUCGUCUUCCUGCCCGAGGAUAUGGACCAGGCUCUGGUGGAUCUGGGGAUGCUCUCCGACCCUGGUUCCGUGCUUUACGAGACGGACAGCGAGCUGGAUGUCUUUGACGGGUACUUGGAGUGACGCCCCGGGGCGCUCCGACGCGACCGAGCGGUGCCGCCGCCUGGCCCGGGGCCGGGCGUCCCGGCAUGGCCGGAGCUCGGGGGCCGCCGCGGCCCCGGGCUGCCCUCGCUGCGUCCCGGCUCCUCCUGCGCAGCAUCUUCCCUUCCGAAUGACACCCUUCCCGCCCGGUGCAGGGGCCAGAGGGGCAGCCGGGACCCGCUGCCACCGGGCAGGCCCGCGGAGACCUUGCCAGGGAAAUUCAUUAAACACCUGACAUGGAUUAUGACCAGGGUAAUGGAUCAAGUCCUGGAAAGAAACUGUGCUCUGAAAUGUGGAGAUGGAAAUAAGGACAAGAGAACAACAGGAAGAGUUGUCACCAGACCUUGUCAGUUGUGACUUCUUUUCAAGGUCUUUGCCUCUUGAGGGUGCACUAACUGCAGUGACUCAUGCACCAUGCUGGGCUUCCAUGGGUAAUUCUGGGAUGGACUGUAUGAAAAAUAAGAUAAACUACGUUCCAUUAUAACAGAAAAUCAAGAUGUUACUCAGAUUUGAUAAACUUUUGAAUAAAUACCAUGUCACCCAAGUGGACACGCUCUACAUAUAGCUUAAGAGGGUUUUACAAUCACACAUUGAAAACUCUACCAGCCAGUAGUUCAAAGGCAGUGCUUUCUCAGGGGAUAACAUGCAGGAGUGACUGCAAGGAGGUUCUGUUCAGGGAGUAUAACGGAAAGAACUGUGCUAGGAAGAUAUUUUAUUUAAAUUGUGAGUUUUGAAAUAGAUCAGAGAGUGAAUUUUAUAUAAGUCAGAUGGAUUCAUUAUCUAACACAGAAUACUUGGCAGAUUGUUUAAGCUCAUGUUCCUGUGUACAGAUGUGAAAGCAAUACAAUAAAGACCGAUCUUUUCCAUGAAAAAUUA